AUGCCUCCCACGACAGGCACACGAACCUCCACACGGCAGGGCCGCGCCACUGUCCGCCCUACGAACUACUAUGCACGCGGCUUUGCCGGCCGUCUUGCCGCACAUGGGCUGGAGCAGACGCCCGAAGCCUCCAACAGCGCGCCCGGCUUUUUCCCCGCCCUCACACACUUUACCGGCGCUGUCGAUGCCUUUCCGAAGGAAGUUAUCAAGCACUUCUCAAUGUUCAAGGAGGUCGAGGCCAAGCUCCACGACCCUGAGCUCCUCCUGGAGGAGCUGCUCAACGAGAUCGCUCGACAGCCCAUUACCACGAACGCCCAGCGGCGCGCAGUGGAACAGAACGAUGAUGACGCAGUCCAGAAUGCGAAUCAGCCUCCUACCGACUUCGCCAGCCUCUCUCCAGCGGAGCAGGCUUUGGUCAGGAAGCGCCAGCUCUUCCUGCGUUUGCGCAUGCUCAUCCAAACAAUCCUCCCGACUCUCGACGAGAAGCUGGUCGUGCUCCAGGGCGCGAAAGCCACGAAAGAAAAGGGUCUCACGCGCAUGACGCACUCAUACUCGCAACUCGAUGCCGAGAUCAGCGAAGAGGCGCGCUACGGCAGUCUCACGCAUUGGGCAUACGCAGAUAAAGAGGAAAAGAAGAAGGGUGCGCCAAACCACGAGCGGCAACGGCGUGAAGUAGCUGCUGCGAACAACCUGGCCGCAGCAGCCCAGCACGUUCAUGACGUGGACUCAAUUGCAGCGAAAAGCGAGGCUCGUCGCGAGGCGAUAUUGGCUAAGCGCAGUCGCCAACAGCAGGCCGACUCCGAUUUCGACGACCGACCAGCGGCGAAGAAGCCACAGAAGAGAAAAGCCCACGCGCCUGACACCUCAGCAGCAGACCAUCGAGCUGUUGGUCUGGGCAUAUCGGGCAAUGUUUCGGGACAGAGCAAGAGGAAGAAGACUGAAAAGGCCCUGACAGCAGCUGCGCCUUCAUCCGCGCCUAUGGAACGCUCAAUAAGCGGUGCUUUGAAGGCUGUGAACAACACCGCACGAGCAGGCUCCAGUCCUCGAGCAACACCUAGCAUCGAGAAUGGUGCCAAUGCCAAACGAAAGCCGCGCACAGCUCCUGCGCCUACUCCUCGCAAGAACCAACAACCUACCUACUCUCCUCCGCCCGCAUCCUCACCACUCGCCGCCAACUUCGCCAUCAACAAAGCUAUCGCAGGCGCUGCAGAUCGGCCUUUGUCGUCAAGAGCAAGGAAGAAUUCCAUCGCAAAAUCUGCUGCGUCCGGCAGCGCGCCUGAACCCGCACCCGUGCGACGACCAUCCACCUCGCACUCAGUUCAGCAAGCUCCAAGCAGCAAUGCGAUUACCGAGCUCGAACAGGCUGCGGGUAUCGUGCGCGACCACGAGUCUGCCCAGGGCGCUUCGACUGCCCAAGACACAACCGAAGGUCCCGUCUAUUUGUUACCGACGGUUCUGAAGCAGGAAGAUCAAGAACACAUACAGAAGGUACCUGAGUGCAUGGACAUCGACACGCCAGCGGCCAUUUCGUCUGCGGCUAGAGCUGCCCGGGCAUCUAAGCCUGGAACGCCUGUGGUAGGCUCAUUCCCUGAGAUACCCAUGGCGCGCAGUCGCAGUACUCGCAACGCACAGAACGGCAAUUCGAACUCGAACGGCUCCUCGGAGACCAACAGCACAGUAGCAGGGGCGGUGUCGAAACGAAGCAACAAGAAGAGCGGACCUUCUAUCACGUCAGCGGUCGACUCACCCGCGCCUAAGCCUACACCAGCUGCACAAUCGAACCCCCCCUCCUCCGCUACGAGCUCCGUCGCCCCCGAGCAGGAAUACCAAGAUGCAGAGACAGAUGAGGGCGAUGACGAGCCGCGGUACUGCUACUGCAAUGAGGUGUCGUAUGGGCAGAUGGUUGCCUGUGACAACGACGCGUGCCCGCGCGAGUGGUUUCAUCUUCCCUGCGUGCAGCUCGAGAAAGCGCCCGUUGGUAGGACUAAAUGGUUCUGCAGUGACGAGUGUCAGGAGCAGCAUGCAAAGGCCAAGGCAAAGGGGAAACGUCCGGGCAGUAGUAGACAAUAG